ACUGUAGCAAGCACAAAACUAUCUAAAUAUUAUAGUAUAAAUUAAUAAGUGUGUUAAUCAAGAACCCUAAAAUUAAAGCCUCUUCCCCUCUCCCUCUUUCCUUCACCACCAAGCUAAGUAUCUACUCGCACCAUAUCUCUCUCGCGUUCAGUUUCCAUGUCGGGAUCCGGAAGAGAACUCUUCUUCUCCGAUGCCGGUGCCUACGACUAUUCCUCACUUCACGAUGAUAGAGAUCCUCUUUCACUCUUCAUGAGCUUCGACGACGACUACUUCUAUGAAGCUCUUGGCUCACAGAGCAGCAGCUUCACUGAGUCAGGCCAUGAAAAGCUUAAUUUAGCAGCUGAUCACGUUGCCGCUCCAUCCUCUCCGGCACCGUCGAGGAAUUUCCCGGCUUCCUCCUCCUUCUCCCUUGAUCCAGUGAAAGAAUCAGGUGAGAAACCAGUGCAAGAGGGUAAAGCAGCUGCUGGUGAAGCAGCAGCAAAUAUUCUUGACGACGACAAGGACAAACCUAAUAAAGUACUUUAUAAUUACAGGAAGAAAGGAGAGAAGAGACCAAGGGCAGCUAGGUUUGCCUUCAUCACCAGAAGUGAUGUGGAUCAUCUGGAAGAUGGCUACAGAUGGAGAAAGUAUGGCCAGAAAGCAGUCAAAAACAGUCCUUUUCCAAGAAGCUACUAUAGGUGCACCUCUCAGAAGUGCAUGGUGAAGAAAAUGGUGGAGAGGUCACACCAAGACCCGACCAUUGUGAUCACAACCUACGAAGGCAGACACACUCACCUGAACCCUACUCCUACUUCCCAAGUGGGAACCGGCGCGGUGAGAAUGCUGCCGGGGAUGACACUAUUUCCGGCCCCAGCCUCGAUAACCGGAGAAUGCCUCCAGUGGCAUGCACCAAACAACCUCCGUGAAUAUUAGACAGUGAUCUAACUUGUUGUGUCUAUUGGUAAACUUGAUGGCUUUCCUCUCAUCACUAUAUUUAUAUGAGAUUGAUGUUGUUGAUGAGGUUAAUUAUCGGUUAAGUUUGGAUGAUGAAAAAUAUUUUGUUGCUGAAAAGUUAAUAAUUUGUC